GCUCUCAAGAAGACAGUGAUGCUGCUGGCAUCUUUAUCUUGGAGGAGAUCUAAUCCCUUCACUCUUAUCUCUCUCUCUCUUCGUUACACAUGAUGCCAAGUAGAAUUCUGGGGAAAAAUAUCAUGAAUGAAUGAAAUGGAUUCAGAAAGUGCUGAGUUGAAUUGAGGAAUUGGCCAACUUCUGUUGUUUAUUUCUUUAUGUAAGGCAUACUGAAAUAGCAGCACCAGAAGAAGAGAGAGAGAUCUUUUUAAUCUCUAAAUUCUGACCUAAACACACUGCUGCCCACACCCGCUGUCACACAAGGCCGAUUAUUGGACAGAGAGCGACAGAGGGAAUUAGAGAGAGAGAGAGGAAGCGCGCUGUCCCAACUUUUUCUAGUAGAGUCUUUGUAGUACAUACAGAGCUAUAAUUCUCAUCAUAAAGAAAGCGUGGAGGGAAAAGAUGGGUUAGGCCAUGGAUACAGCAAACGUUGAACGGCUGCUCUCAUAAAUAUUUUCUGCAAAAUUCAGAGUCUGGAUCCUCAGAGAAAUUCUAAGCAUAAUCAUUGUGAGAAACAAAAGCAGCAGAGAUCCAGGUCAUACCAUGUAGAGAGAGAGCGGUUGAGCAUGAGGAACAUCGGUGGCGAGAUUGUGGAGGUGGAGGGCGGCCACAUUGUGAGGGCCACCGGCCGGAAAGACCGCCACAGCAAAGUGUGCACCGCCAAGGGCCCCAGGGACCGCCGCGUCCGCCUCGCCGCCCACACCGCCAUCCAGUUCUACGACGUCCAAGACCGCCUCGGCUACGACCGCCCCAGCAAGGCCGUCGACUGGCUCAUCAAGAAUGCCAAGGCCGCCAUCGACGAGCUCGCCCAGCUGCCCGCCUGGCAUCCCACUUCCGCCCUCGAGGAGGAGCGCCGCCGCCACCAGUUUGGUAUCGAUUUGGUGAUUGCCAACACCAACAGCCGCAACGCCGACGCCCAGAAUUCGAGCUUCCUCCCGCCGUCUUUAGACUCCGACGCCAUCGCUGAUACCAUCAAGUCCUUCUUCCCCGCUUCGGCCGAGGCCAGCUCCGGUGCGAUGCAGUUUCAAAGCUUCCCAGCUCCCGAUUUGGUGUCGAGAAACGGUGGUGGCAGCAGCAGCCAGGAUUUGAGGCUCUCGCUGCAGUCAUUUCAAGAUCCGAUUCUUCUCCACCAUCACAAUGAGCAGCCUCAGCCUCAGUCUCAGCCGCAAACACAAGUUCUACUGUGUGGCACUCCGCUGGGCCUAGACGGCUGGCCGGAGCACCACCAGUUCCAGCGGCUUGCAGCCUGGAAUGGCGGCGGAGACGGAUACUUGUUGAACGUGCCGCCGGCGCCAAGUCAAAACCAGUUUGUUUCACAGAGGGGACCCCUUCAGUCCAGUAACACACCUUCAAUUUGUGCUUGGAUGGACCCAUCCAUCGAUCACCCACCAAUCAAUCCUUCAUCGAUUGGAUUUGCCUCCGGCUUCUAUAUUCCUGCACGAAUUCAGGGUGAUGAGGAGGAGCACGACGGCUAUUCCGACAAGCCAUCCUCUGCUUCCUCCGAUUCUCGCCAUUGAUUAAUUGCACCUCUCUUCUUCCCAUUAUCAGUUUGCUGAGGAAGAAGAUUGAGCCAAUGGCAGCUGCCGUGAGACGAAGAAUUCUGAUCUUAGUUUCAGGUUUUCCGUUUCCAGCUUGCUACUAUGUAUUUCUACUAUUAGUUUCAUGUACCAACCCUAAUGAGCUACUUCUGCUCAACUCUGCAACAUUCCGUUUUUAAUUUGUUGUUAAGACUCA